AAUACAGGUCAGUGAAUGAAAAAUAAUGUAUGAAUAUUAAUAGUUGCAUCCGUAACAGCAAAGAUGAGUGUCAAUUUUGUAGAUUAUUUCUCCAACGAGCACAAUGGAUACGAUAUUUUAUAUCAAAACAUGAAAUACGGACUUAUAGCCAGCAAGGAACUCUCAGAGUAUCUUAGAGAGAGAUCGAAUAUAGAAGAAUCGAACUCGAAACUUUUGACUAAGUUAGCGAAGCAAGCGAAUAGCAACUGCGCUCAGGGCACCUUCGCACCCUUCUGGGGCGUCCUCAAGUGUUCGGCUGAGAAACUGUCCAAUUUGCAUCAACACAUGUUCCAAAAAGUCAGUGAGCUAGUCAAAGAUGUAGCCCGCUAUGCAGAUGAGCUUCACAAAAAGCACAAAGCUGUUAAGGAUUCAGAAUCAAGUACUUUAGAAGUGGUAUUACUCAUACAGAAUACAAAACAAGCUUUACAGAAAGCCAAGGAUGUGUACACAUCUAAAUCAGCCGAGCUUGAAAAGCUUAAGAAAGAAAAUGCCUCCUCUAAGGACAUUGAGAAAGCCGAAGUUAAAAUUAAAAAGCUGCAUGAAGACUUUAGACAGCUAGCAGAGAAGUACAGUCUUGUGAAACAAGAUUUUGAAAAGAAAAUGACUCAAACUUGUAAACACUUCCAGGAUGUAGAGGAAGCUCAUUUAAAACAGAUGAAACAGUUUGUCAAUGCCUAUGUUGACAUAAUUCAAAAUAAUCAUGAUCUAAUGGGCCAAGUUCAUAGAGAUUUCAAGCACCAGUGCCUAGAAUUAACUGUAGAGAAGUUGUUAGAACAGUUUCUUGUGGAAAAAUACAAUGCUUUGGAGAAGGCAAAUCUAAUGGAACUUAUUCCCACCCUGCCAAAGCCUGGCUCAGCUAAUAAUUCCAUAUCAGAAGCAGAUCAAAUAUCCACAGUGUCUAACGGGUCCCACAAGCCUGCCCAGCCGGCUAAACCACCUAAAAAAGAGCCUUCAUUUGCAUCUAAGACCUCAAGGAGAACAACCUCCCUAUUGAAUUUAUUUACACCAAAUUUUCAGAGUAAAGAUGAACCCAGUGUCAGUAAUGAAGGUGGUGCUCCUUGCUCAGCACCAUCGAGCCCCAGCGGAACACCAGCCGCUGAUGUUGUGCCAGAUAAAGAUGAUAACAUGAAUCGGAGUACGAUUCGUGAAUCAAAAUGGUUUCUCCGAAGUAGGAGGGCAAAAAAUAAACCAAAAAAAUCAAAAAAGAAAAAGGAUGAAAUAUCAGAAAAUUCAAAUGCAGGUGAUAAGUCUGACUUGGAAGAGAAAGAGGAGGAGACCCCUAAAGAGGACCUGAUGAAUUCCCCGGAGGUAGAUGAGGAAGGCUUCUGUAUAAGGCCUAAAGAUGAAAAGGGCAGUGUUUACUCCUCCACCGACUCUGACUCUGAAGAGGAAAGGGAACAAAAGAUUCAUGUUGAAAUAAAACCAAUCAGCAAUGGAAAUGCUCCAAUGUCAGCGAGUGUUGAUGAGCUCAGGGCUACAGUAGAAAACAUAGGCCUGAAAUAUAAAAUUGGUACGACCAGACGAGGUUCCAAUGCUAAUACGAGCAAAGUGAGCAGUGAGUUUUUAGUUGACUUGAAUUUCCCCAGCCCCAGUGUUAGUAACCCAGCUUCACCUCACGGUAAUAUCUCGAACCCUUACGCUCCGUUGCAGGCGAAUCAGUCAAAUUUACUUGAAAGUCCCACCCCAGUGUCGACCGCCGAUGUCGGCGAUCUAUUCUCGGAAGUCGGUGAAAUGUCUCAAUCGAACUUCCGAACGUCAACGCCAACGAUAUCCACUAUAUCGUUGCCGCGUCCGCCGUCGCGGCGAUCCGAAGGCGACUUCCGAACGGCCGGCUCCUCGGGGUCGCGAGGGCCGUCACCUCUCACUAUUGGCAUGGCAGACACCAUACCCCUAGCUGUCGCGUUCCAUGAAAUUAUACACUCCUAUUUCCGUGGGACGGAAGAAUCGAAAUGCCAAGUUAAGAUGUCUGGAGAUAUGAUGCUUUCGUUCCCUACUGGAAUAGUAGGCGUACUCGCUAACAAUCCUAAUCCAGCAAAACUCUGCUUUAGGCUGAAAAACAUUCAUAGACUGGAUAAUGUAUUGCCUAACAAGCAGCUCAUUAGUAUAAACGCCAUGAUGUCCACUCGUGACACUACCGUUGUAGAAUUCAAUAUGCCCGCAUUAACAUCUCUGUUAAAGAGACAGUCGGAGAAGAACCCUACAGCGCAAUACUUCAACGUGGAUAUCUUGAAAUAUCAGAUACGACCGAAAACCGGUGCAGCCUCCUGCCCGUUUCAAAUGGUAGCCCAUUGGAAGUGUGAGCAAGAUCACACAGACCUCAAAGUAGAUUACAAGUAUAAUCUUCAUGCUAUGAGUCCUCCAUCGCCAUUGCUUAACGUCUCUGUCUGUGUGCCUGUCAGUGGCUCAGUUAAGAACAUAAUCGCUAUGCCCAAAAAUAUAUGGAACUCUGAGAAUGAACAAGCUCUGUGGAGAUUUACGGAAUUGUCUCAGCAUUCGGAGGAUAGAGGUGUAGGGUCACUGAGAGCACGAUUUGAGCUGACCAGUGGGCCUUCAAACAAAGCAACUAUCUCUUCCCAGUUUAACUGUGAGGGUGCAACGCUGUCUGGCAUUGAGUUUGAACUCAUUGGCAGCGGGUAUCGACUUUCACUUGUGAAACGACGCUUUGUAUCUGGCAAAUAUAUUUGUGACAGUGAAGUGCACUGAUCGAUCCAAUUUCUUAUUUAUGCAUGUACAGCAGAAUUUGAACUUGAGGCAAAGUUAUGGAAUUAAUAUCUUAUUUGACAUAAAAUAUGUUAUCAUUGGUACCUUAUGGGACUGUUUCCUGUCCACAAAGACAUUAUAUUACAUUUCAAUCACAAUGUAUGUCAAUUUUAAUGUUUUAUCAAUUAAUUACUUACCUAGUUUUUCUUUUAGUUUAGAUACUUAUGAUUAUUUAAUAAAAUCUUUUGUUCGAUCUAUAUGUUAUGAUAUAUUUGCAAUCGCACCAACUUAUUCUCGAGAGUAUAUACAUGUGCCAUUAUUCAUGACUAACUCAUAGAUAUUAAUGUGUAUUAAGAAUAUAUAUUAAUUUUUCUAAAACUUUCACAUUUACAAGCAUCAUAGAUGUAAAUUAAUUAAGUACCUCUAAAUGUAUAAUUUUAACUAACUUUAUAAAUGUCAUCACAAAAUUACAAAUUGCAAUAAGUAUUAGGACCUUUGUUUACAAAGAAACGCAGGUAUAUGAUACUUUGACCCUUAA